UUUCUAACCAGAAUUUACAUAAUCAAUGCUUGAUGGUAUAUCCGAACAACAAGUCCCCAAAUCUAGUCAUCCAGGAUGGACAUACAGCACAUUCCUGUUGCUUGGCGUCACCAUGGUAUUUCCAUGGAAUUCCUUGGUAACAGCCUUAGAUUACUUUAUUGUCAAACUUCCAUGACAUGAUGUUGACUUUUUGGUAUCUAUCUUGUCUAAUGGGCCAUUAUUUGUGACAAGUAUCCUGACCAUCCUUUUUGGGUACUGUUUUUCAGAUAGGAAAGUAAUUCUAAUCUCUAUGAUUGCCAUGACUUUAUUGACUGUAACUCUUCCGCUCUUUCCUCAACUUUUGAAUAAUCCAGAGAGUUCUUGGAUUUGAGUUUCUGUUACUAUUCUUAUCUUAUCUGCUGCUAACGGAAUCAUGCAAUUAUGAUGUUUUGGAUUAGCAGGUGCUACACCAGGAAACUAUACAGCUACACUGAAUACAGGAUCAGGAGUGAGUGGAGUUAGCAUCAGCAUAGUACGUGCAGUUUCAUUGAUAAUCUUCCCAACAAAUGGAAACUCUGAGGAUACCAACUAUUUCUAUGGCUCGCUUCUAUAUUUCGGCUUAGGUGCUAUUUCUUUAGUUUCAUCAGGAAUUCUUUUGAAAUUCUCUUCAGUACCUUAUUGUGAUAUUCGUAGCAAAACCUUACAAGAAGGUAUAUGAGCAGACUCAAGAAUCAAAUCAGGAAUUAUGGUCCAAAACCAAGAUCUUCAUGAAAGAAUGAUUGCAACUGAAGAAGAUGAAGAGGAAUGAUAUUCUUUACAGUAUUUUAUGAGGAUCCAUAACUCACUGUUGCUGACUGGGUAUGGAAACUGAAUAGUGUUUAUCCAAACAAUGAUGAUAUUUCCUGGAGUUUUGCUUAAAGGAGGCAUUGGGUUUAUCAACAGUAUCGCUUGGCAAGUUUGGAUAAUUACUACGUUGUUCAACCUCACAGAUACUCUCUCUAGGGCAACAUCGGAAAGAUAUAUGAUACUGACAGAGAAGACCACCUUUGUUGCUACUAUGUGAAGAUGGGCUCUGAUAAUAGCUAGCUUUCUAUCAGCUUUCCGAAUCCCAUUUUUCCAUAAUGAUGCAGUAAAGAUACUAAAUAUCUGUCUCAUUGGUCUGACUAACGGGUAUAUUUCUAACUGUCAACUAACUAUUGGAGUUAAUAAAGCUAAGAAUUCAGAUAGAAGAAUUACCUCUAAGUUCUUAUGAAUAUUCUAUGUCUUCGGAGUCUUACUGGGAAGUAUAAUAGCUUCCUUUGGAAUUGUGCAUCUCUUCGAGGAUUCAUAA